UUUGAAUUUGGAGGAUUAUGUUGUUUGUAAAUUACAAUAUUCAACAGUUUUAAAUGAACAGCUUUUAACGAUGGCAUGUGUAUACAAUAAGAAUUUAUUAUUGCAAGUAGUACGAACUCCUGGCAUAAUAGAAGAAAAAACUCUAAAUUUAAUUAUUAGCAAAAGUCAAGAAACUUUAGAUUUAAAAUUACGUGAUCCUUCGGUAUAUGCUUUUAAUUACUGUGAAACUAUCGAUUUGGAAGAUUACCAAAUAAUAAGGGAGAGACAAAAUCUAGAUAUUAAUUUCAAUGAAUUUAAAACCAACUUAUUGGAAAUGUUGACACAACUACAAAAUAAGGAAAUGUUUUUAAGAUGUGAAAUGUCUAGCCAUCAAGUAUGCACCUUAGUAUUUUUCACUAAAUCAAAAAUCAAAUCAAUUAUUUACUUAACUCUUGACUUACAUGCAACAAGUCAGGAAGAGAUCAUAAAUGAACUGAUGAGUAAUUUACAAUGUGUGAAGGAUUUAAAUGAAAGGCUCCAGAUACAGAUGAAUUGUAUGAAAAGAACUAUAAUAGAUAAAGAAAAUGAGGUAAAAGAACUAAUUUAUUUAAAAUCAGAAAUGGAAAGGCAAUUUUACAAUGCUAUUAAAGAUGUAGAACAAAAAAUAAACACACAAUCCCACGAUGUUCAGUGCUUCUUAUUGAGAAGAAUCAACAUACUUUGUCAAAAAUUUCUAAAAACUUUAGAUGCUGUUAAUGGUUUAAAAACUGUCAGUUAUUUAAGAUCUGAUUCAAGUGCGAAAUUGAAAAGGACUAUGGAACAAUUGAGAAUAGACAACAAUGAAAAAGAUGUUCUAAUAGAGCUUCUGAAACAAGAAAACCAUAGUUUACAAAAUAUGAAAAUGAACUCAGAAAAAAAUUUGAAUACUCUUCAGCAAGCACUAAUUGAAAAAGAUAACUUGAUUGAAGAACUUCAUACUAAAAAUGGAGAGUUGCUAGCAGAUAUGGAAAAAGCCAGUAUGGUAAUAGCACAGAAAAAAGUUACAAUUGAAGAACUCUCCAAAGAUGUAGUACAAGCCAAUCAAAUGUUGGUGAAUUUUAAUCAAAAAUAUGAUGCGAAAUGUCAAUUGUUGGAAAAUUUGGAAUCUCAGUUAAAAAGUAAGAAUCAUAUUAUUCAUGAAGAGUUAUCGAAAAACUCAGAACUUCAAAGGGCGUUUGAUGAAUACAAAGCAAUUUUUAAUGAAGAAAGUUAUGAAAAAAUUAAAUGGAAUUUAGCCACAACGCAAAAUAAAGUAGAUGAAUUGGAGCAAAACAUCAGGAAAGUUAACAGGCUGAAUGCUCUACUAUCAAAUAAAGUGAAUCAAAUAACACACUAGAUGUAGGCGUACAUUAUUAGGUUUUAUAUAUUUAAUUUUCUUAUGUACUUUUGUUUUUAUUUUUGUAAAAAUAAACUAUUU